UGCAGGUGGAACGAGCGCCAAGGAAACAUGGCCGCCAUUCUGUUGAAGAGUCUGCACAAUCUGGAGGCUGUAGACGAGCCAACGGUGAAGUGGACCAUUCCUCUGAGCGAUGGCAAUCACGUGAUAGAAUUUGAACACGGUACAGCGACCGGUCGACGAGUGGUGAAACUGGAUGGCAAAGAACUGAUCCAUAGAGAUUGGAUGUUUCAUCUCGUCGGCGACGAAGCGUUCACGUUCAACGAUAACAAGUUUGUCAUCAGAGUCGAUCCAAUUCCAGGUUUGAGAUAUUGUUAUACCUUGUGGGUGAACGGGAAGAGUUACACGAAUUUCGUCAAAGGCCAAUCGAAGAUUCUGGACACCUGGUUGGCCAGCGUUGGAAAAGAAGAGUACAGAAUAGUGUUAGACAAACAGACGCAAAAUAUUUGGGUUAACGGCGAACAGGUCGACACGGAGAACGAUUUCACCGACGAUGGCGCGGAAAUACGUUUCACGGUGGGAGAACUUCCGGCUACGAUUCGAUCGUACAGCUCUGGGCAGAAAAACGUCGGGAUAUCGUAUUCUUUGCACAUCGAUGAGAUAGAAAUUGACAAGGAGUCGCAGCUGAAGGAAACAGAGGACUCAUAAACGAGAGUCUCU